AAGCAUAAAAAUUCAGCGACACGGUGCAAAACAACUCAAUUCGAUAAACGGUUGCAACACGAUACCAAGUAGAGUAAGACGUAAAUAGAACGUAAUGAUGGAGUUGGAUUCAUAUAUCGACCGAUACACGGGAGAAAACCGGUUGCGUAGACUCUUGAUCAUUGCUGCUGCGGGUCCCCGAGAAAACUGCAAUUUGGAACAACGAAAACGAGCCCUGAACCUCGCAGAACAGCAACUGCGACUUCGAGACGAUAACGUCUUACUGUACAGAGAAAUAUUCGGAGGUGGUUCAGAAGCAAGAAGAGCCGAUCCAGAACUAUUUGAGGGUAAGUAACAAGCAAUAUUGUAUUAUUGCAAACAGUCAUCCAUUUCCACUUCUCUGCACUUUGCUUCGUUUGUAUUUUAUUCCAGUUGAAUGUUCUUUAAUUUGUACCUGAGCAUGUAAUCUAACGGAAUGAUUUGAAUUACAUUUAUGAUUAAUCAAUUCUCUUACGAAAAUAUGGAAAACAUCAACGCGAAAUGAAAUGAUCCUACAACUUUUAUUUCAGGCUUCCCAACCUACGAUGCUAAUUGGGCGAAUUCUACUGAAAGUCGCAAUAACGAGACCCGUUUUGUCUUAGAGGGACGCUUUACAACAGCUAAGUCCCGCUUGCACAAGGACGCCAUUCGAACCGCAUGUUUGGCGCUUGCAGCACACGAUAAAAGGACCGGCCAGGACACUUUUAAGAGCCUUGCCGAUCUAUUAGGAAAAAGCAGAGGAGAUUGUGGUAAUGAGAACAAAAACAAGUAUAUCAACAAUAAAGCGAAAGUAAACAA